GCGGGCGGCCGGCCGCGGCCCCGGAGCUGCUGCUGCUGCUGCGGCGGCUGCACCCUCGGCGCCAAGGCCGAGGCGGAGGCCGGGGCGCGCGCCUGGCUGACGUGCCCGACCCGCGCGGCUCGGCUGCGCCGUCUCCAGCGGCUGCCCGGGCGUCUCGGCUGCUCUGUGCACGACCUCGGCGAGGAUGCGGCUUUUCCGGUGGCUGCUGAAGCAGCCGGUGCCUAAGCAGAUCGAACGCUACUCGCGUUUCUCGCCGUCGCCACUGUCCAUCAAGCAGUUCCUGGACUUCGGGCGAGAUAAUGCAUGUGAGAAAACUUCAUACAUGUUUCUGCGAAAGGAGCUUCCUGUACGACUGGCUAACACAAUGAGGGAAGUUAAUCUUCUGCCGGAUAACUUGCUUAACCGCCCUUCAGUAGGGUUGGUUCAGAGUUGGUAUAUGCAGAGCUUUCUUGAACUUCUAGAAUAUGAAAAUAAGAGCCCUGAGGAUCCACAGGUCUUGGAUAACUUUCUCCAAGUUCUGAUUAAAGUCAGAAAUAGACACAAUGAUGUGGUUCCUACAAUGGCACAAGGAGUGAUUGAAUACAAGGAGAAAUUUGGGUUUGAUCCGUUCAUUAGCAGUAACAUCCAGUAUUUUCUGGAUCGGUUCUAUACCAACCGCAUCUCUUUCCGCAUGCUUAUUAACCAGCACACACUUCUGUUUGGUGGUGACACUAACCCUGCUCAUCCUAAACACAUAGGAAGUAUUGAUCCUACCUGCAAUGUGGCUGAUGUAGUGAAAGAUGCCUAUGAAACUGCCAAGAUGCUGUGUGAGCAGUAUUACCUGGUUGCUCCAGAGCUGGAAGUUGAAGAAUUCAAUGCCAAAGCUCCAGACAAACCUAUUCAGGUAGUUUAUGUGCCCUCACAUCUGUUUCACAUGCUAUUUGAGUUGUUCAAGAACUCAAUGAGAGCAACAGUUGAACUAUACGAAGAUAGAAAAGAGGGCUACCCAGCUGUUAAAACCCUUGUUACUCUGGGUAAAGAAGACUUGUCUAUUAAGAUAAGUGACCUGGGUGGUGGUGUGCCACUUCGAAAAAUAGACCGCCUUUUUAACUACAUGUAUUCAACUGCUCCUAGACCUAGCCUGGAGCCUACAAGAGCUGCCCCUCUGGCUGGAUUUGGAUAUGGCUUGCCAAUUUCUCGUCUGUAUGCUAGAUAUUUCCAAGGAGAUCUAAAACUCUAUUCCAUGGAAGGAGUCGGUACUGACGCAGUCAUUUAUUUGAAGGCACUUUCAAGUGAAUCAUUUGAGAGACUUCCAGUUUUCAAUAAGUCUGCCUGGCGUCAUUACAAGACCACACCGGAAGCUGAUGACUGGAGCAAUCCCAGCAGAGAACCUAGGGACGCUUCAAAAUACAAGGCGAAACAGGACAAGAUCAAGACCAAUAGAACUUUCUAGAGAAAUGAACACUUCUGUCCUCUCUGUGAAGAAAGAUUAUCUUCUGCAAGUCAACCAGAGAGAACUCCUUUCCUCCACCAACUUUGAGCAAGGCACUAUAGUUACUCCAGUGCUUGAAUGUGUACUUUCUCUAUAUGAGCUGGAUCUUUUCCACGGAAACUUUCCUGUAGCUGCUCCAGAUCUUCACUAAAGUAGUAACUUGAAUCAUGUUUCAUAUACGUUGCUGUGGUUUGGUUGGCGCCUGUCGUAAGAGAGCACAGAGCCCCAUUAGCACUCUGGUGUCCUACUAGCUCCCUCCUUAUUGUCCUAGAGUUGAGUGUUUAUAUUCUCCCCGGGAUCCUAAGCUCCUUCCGCAUUCCAGAUACAGCCAGUGUCCACUGCUACUCUUUGUGACCAAACACCAUGUGUUUCCAAACCACCGACUAAGGCCUGGGUAGUCUGGAUGUUGAAGACACUGGCAGAGCGUGUCUCAAUAAUUCAGUCCUGGGGCCCUUCCUCUCUCAUGCGUCCUCCCUCCCUCUGCGAUUUCAACCUCUGCGUUCUUCCAUCUGGUCUAAGUGCGGCCACUCUCACAUUAGCUCUUACUCUUUGAUGCAUCGAUUUUAUUUUGAAAUUCACUUGUGUACUUCCAUUCUGUCAAUUAAAGCGUUCCAAAAGUUGUCUUGGAAUGUCUCACUUACCUGCUUGGUUUCAAAGAUCUUAAGUGAAAAACUUCUGGUCGUGAUCGAGUUUGUGAGAAGCGGGAAGUGGAGUUUUUAUGCUAUGUAAAAAUUUUGCCAGUCGACUUAUGAGAUUCUAUCCCUUUGUAGUUUUCUGAGGAAUUGCAAGUCCCUGGGUGAUGCACUUUGCUGGUUGUCAGAUCUGCUGCUGAAGGGAAGAAGUCUUUCUGGUUUAUUUUGAGAAAUGCCCUAGGUCUUCAUAAUUGUCAUUUUCGUGAAUUUUGGCCAGUUUUAGAAUUGUCUAUUUGAUUCUCAGAUUCCUUUACUUUGCUGCUGAAAGCUGGCCUGGGUGGAGGACUCGGGGUGAGGAAAGAGAAAAGCGGGGUUGUGUUUACCCUCAGCAGUGGAAGCCUUCCAAGAAUCCAGAUUAAAGGCAGUUUCUGUUGCUCCACAGAAUGUGUUUCUCUUCACUGUAAUUUUUCAUAUCAUCUACUUUGGCUUCUGCCUUCUUUUGACGCCCAUAUGAAUGCUUCCAUCCAAUUUUUAAGUAUUGAGUUCACUGGUGGGAAAGUUGUGGCUUGUAGAGUGUCCCUCCCCCACACACACACACCGCUUCAGGGCCAUGGUGGCAGCAGUGCGGUUGCCCUUGUCGUGGACUCCGUGGGGAUCUCCAGGAAGAGUUGUCCUCUCACCAGCUUGUGGAGGCAGGUGGGGGGGGAGGCAGCUGUUUCUCCUCGUUCUGCUGAGCCUGAUUUUGUUUCAUUUCAUUAUGUUACCUGAGCUCGUGGUAGUUCCCCUGAUCUUUAGAAAGGUCUCAUCUCUUCUAUCCUUAGAAGGAUCUCAUCAGAGAACUUGUAUAAUCCAUCAGAGAAGAGAAAGAUUGAUGGACUUCUGAGAGAGGGGUGAUGGGAUGGUCCACAUGGAAGCCUGCGGGCAUGAGGCCUGAGGCCCAUUCUCAAGAAUGGGGCUGUUGCAUAUGAUUGCUUCCUCAUGUAAAAAUAAUGACCCUUUCCAUUUGAAGUCCCUGGCUUUCUUACCGACGUUAGAGAGUGUAUCAUUAUCUUACUAGGCCUCCAUUUCUAACCAUAUACCUUUAUACUUUCUUUUUUUAAAGAAUUUAUAUAUUCAUGAGAGACACAGAGAGGCAGAGACACAGGCCAAGGGAGAAGCAGACUCCCUGUGGGGGGAGCCCAAUGUGGGACUUGAUCCCAGGACCCUGGGAUCACAUCCUGAGCCAAAGGCAGACGCUCAACCCUGAGCCACCCAAGUGCCCCGCCUUUAUACUUUCAAGUAUAAAAUACCAUGGGAGGAAGGAAGCCACAGGUUCAGGACCGGUCCCCUCCUGCCUCAUUCUGGCAAUGUGUUAUUAUGUGGUUGAGAUUAUUAGGUCCUCACCACAAGCUCCAUGUAAGUGUUGAAGAAAAAAAUAGGGUGUAGAAAAAUCCUAUUACAUUCUUCCCUUUACAGGUCUUCUUUAAAAGUAAAGAUUUCUUUCAGUGUCUUAAUGACUUCUUUGGUAGUCCUUUUACUAAUGGACUUUCUGGAUCAUUCCUAUCCAUCUGACCCCAGUAGUCUUGGCUCUCCCUUCUGCUUUCCGCAUCAAGAGUUGAACUUUGCUCCCACAGCAACCGUAAGAAGAGCUGCGGGAACAUCUUACAUGCUCACAGCUUAGUGGCUCAGGCAUUCCUUUGUGCUUCUUGUACAUGGUUCUCUGAACCCAGGUGCAUCUUUCUGGCUGUUUGUUGGGUUUGUUGAAGCAAAUGGUCAAAUUGCUACCUAGAGGUUGUAAAAUAAAUAGACAUUGACCCUUUUCUAGCUGAAUCCAAUUAGUUCUCCCAUCUCUUCUGUGUUUCCCUCUCAUUAACUCAAUUUUUAGUAUUGGGGGACUACAUCUACUCUUUGGCAUGGUUCUUGGGACAUAGUAAGGGCUUAAUAAAUAUUAGUUGAACCAAUAAAUGAAAAUUGACAUUUACUUUGGGUGGUGGGCAACAACUUUCUAGUUCUUAAGCUAUUUUUGUUUCCAAAUGUGAAACAUUUCAGGUCAGGAACUGUGGAAAUAUUGAAUCUCCUUUUUAUAGUGCUGAGAAAUGACUAAAGCAUAGAGAAAUGAAAGGAAAGAAGUAGGGAUGGACCCACAGGAGAGCCGUCUGUUUGUUUGUUUUUUGUCUCUGGGUGUCUGAUUUUGGCUCUUCAAUAUAGUGGGUUCUUUCCAUCCAGUCAAGUGAGACAAUUUUAUAGCCUUGCUUAUAGACGCCAAAGAACCUUCACAUUAAGCAUCCCAUUUUGAUCCUUUUGAGUGCCGUGAGGCGGACCAUGCAGGUGUUACUCUGUUCCUCCUAAGUGUUCUCAAGCAGUUCAUUGGUCUGCCGAAGUGAAGGGAAGAACCAGAGUGAGUAGUUUCUAGGCCCAUGCUCUCAGCGAUGCACCAGGUAACCAGCAUUAUCUCUUUUGAGGAAUUUCUUGAAUGCCUUAACCCUCAAAGGUAAGAUACAAACCAAAAUGUGUCUAUAGUGCAAGAGAAUUGCAUUCAGGAGAGGUUUUCUUUUGUGUGUUUUCAUUUUGGGAUAGUUAGUUGGAGGAGAUAAUCAAAUGGAUUUGGCAGCUCUUACCUAGAAAGACAGGCAACUUAGAGGGUAUAGCUGUAGGUAAUUACUAGAGUUAUUUAGACUUAAUUCUAUGUUUCAUUUAACUCCGUGUUCACUGCCAGCCCUUUCAUACAAAGACUCCACGUUCGAUACUUGCUUCUAUCCUUUGGUGGCCUGGAGUACAGCUCCAGUUGGAUUUCCUUGCAUAUUUACAAAUACACUUCUGUUGCCAUUCCUUACAAACAGUAACUUGGCUGCCUGUCAGAUUCUCAGAUCACAUCCUUCCAUCCUUGAUGCUUUGGAUGCAUCACUUUAUUGUCUUCCAGUGUCUGGUGGUGCUGAGAGGCCGGAGUCCAGACAGGUUGUUCUGCACCUUUUGUAGACGACCUACUUGUUCGUACGGGGUACUCGGGGUCUCUUGUUUAUCCUUGAAAUUCAUGACUUCAUUCGAGUCCGUGUCAGAAUCGACAGUUGUCUCUUGGCCUUUUCUGUGUAAUCCGUCUUUCGCAUGAUCUUUCCUUUUAGUGCUUUCGUCCCUUAUCUUUCCUGAUGCUGUGAAUUUUCACCCCCUCAGGUCUGAUCCUCCUGUUUCACUAACUCAGCCUUCUGCCAUGUGGAUGGUAGGCCUAGAUGCUCGCACUGUGAGUUUCACUUCAGUUACAGUUUUAUUUUUGAUCUGCUUCUUUUCUUAGCUCUGCCAGCAUUUUUCUUUCAUUAUGUUGUCCUCUUUGACUCCUUGUUUCAUUUCUUGGAAGGCUGAUCUGUGUUGUCUACAGUUUUUGUGGUUUCUGAAAUCAUUCUGUUUCCAGAGUGUAAUUAGCUAUCCUACGCUUCUUUUGUUCCUUUCCUCUGGGUUGUUCUGCCCUUUGAUUGUUGCCCAAGGAUCAUGAUGGGUUAUCCUGCAUCUUAUUUGUCUUUGUGUGGGACCAGCGCUAGCUGCCCAGGAAGAGUGGAGAAAUCCUCCUUUGACUCCUUUUUUCUCAAGCGAGAAGUGUUUGAAUGGCCACCUUAGCACUUGAACUAGAAGGCUAGACAUUUGAUGGCUUGUAACGGUGGCGCCUGUUUUUGUUUUGCAGUCCACUGGCUGGAUGUAGGGGAAGAAGGAGUGAAGCACAGCCCCCCUGGGACAUUGGGUCUCUGAGUGCCUUCCAGGGGGUGCUACUGAAUCCUCUGCCCCAGCAGGGGGUGGGGGGGUGCCGCCGGGUCUCACUGGGGGAAAGGGAUUCCCCUUGAGUUUCCCUGUUUCCACUAGGUGUCGCCCUAGCAGGAGUGUGGAUGGUUUGUACUUCCGCUGGCUGCUGGAGCUCUGCAGGCGGCUUGUGUGGCUGGCCCCUGAGUUCCUCUUUGCUCCGCACACAGAUGCAGCCCCUGAGCUCUCACCUCCUCCCCCCGGCAGGCUUGGUUGUGGAAAUGAGCCCGCACCGCGUGCGCUGGGCUUCUCCUGCCUGCCAGCGGCCCUUGCUUCUCCGGGCUAGGAGAUGGUUGGUAGAGUCCUCUGGAAACCUUUCCUGAACUGCCUGGCAACUGUGGUCUGUUUGGCAAAUGCGAGAAUCCUCCUCUGAUUAGUCUCCAGUGUUGUCGGAUCUGUCCGACACUCCCCCUGGAGCCCUUGGUAUGGGGUGGUGGCUUUUAUUAGUCUCCUAAUAGACCGCUUCUUUUUCACUUUUUGGAUGUGUGUGUUGAAGGGCAGGAGCACUUAGAUAAACAUACAUUUGUUCUUCCAUCUUUCCCAGUGGUCCAGGUGCAUAAACAUUGACUUUGAAGAUAAUGUCCUUCAUGGUCCUAAUCUGUAUGAAAGCAAACAGAAGGAACCAAUAUCGCUAGCGGGAGAGGACCAUUAAUAACUUAAUCAAUACAGGAUUUUUGUUUGUUGUUCUCUGUGGAAAGAUAACUUUUAACUCGGGUUCCCGUUCCAUUGAUUAGAGCUAUCAGUACCUUCUGGUUUGAAAAGAGGGGACAUCAUAAUGAACUUAAGCACUUAUCAGCCACCGACAAUUAUUAAUUAGUUAAUUCAACAUGAUAGAGUAUUUCAGACGAGCACAGAAUCGGAGUUCUCGGCAGAGGUAGCUAACAGGUUGCUGGUCCAGCGGUCUUGCUGAGGGUACCGGGAGCUUGAUGUGACACAGCUUUUCUUACCUGCCUUUUCGUUUCAGCCCAUUUUAAAAUUUGGUUCACUGAGAAAUGGAGAGGAGCGAAGGCCUCAUCAGGAUUAGUUUCACGAGUAUACUGUGACAUGGUGUGUAGGCCUGGGGCCAGCUUGAGAGGCACCCGAGUUCAUGUUUCCAGGGGGCAAUUACAGGUGGACGGGGGGGAGGGGCGCGGGGGGUAUUGCGGCCGUUCGGAGGGUUGACGUCUCCUUUCCUCGGUGGCCAGCAUGUUCCCCGGGGGCCCACUCUCCCCACCUCCGGAGCCCAGCGUAACGAUCUAGGAGCGUCAGUGUCAGCCUUGCUCUCGGUACCGACCUCCACCACCCAGUGCCUCCCCCGAAAGCCAGGUGCUUGCCCUGGGUCUGUCCUGGUGUCACGUGUAGAGCCGAACCCGCGCCCAUGUGUCAGGAUGGAAUGAAACGCAAGUGGCAGGCGGAGGGUCGCGUCCGUUCCUCCUUGUGAACACCGAGCGUGUGCGGUGUGCCGGCCGCCGUGCUGGGCGCUGGGUGCUGGGUGCUGGGUGCGCGGCGGGGACCAGGCGAACAGAAGGCCCUGCCUCUCGGCCGCUCUUGUAGACGAAACAGACAAGACCUAGAACGAGGGACAUUUCUAGCAAGUGGGGAGAGAAAGUGGAGCAGAUCAAUACAGUAGAGAAAAAUAAAGAAGGCGAGACAUGGGGCAUGUUGGGGGGGCCUCAAGCCUUGUAAAUGUUUUGGUCACGGACAGAUGUGUUCCUUAGAUGACGAAGUGUUAGCGAUCCUGGAGUUCUUUUCACUUUUCGAUCUGUUGCUGUGCGUUGGGAGAGCCCGGCUGCGGUGCCUGGUUGCGGGUGCAGCUCUGCGGGGGGCCCUGCCCAGGGCCGAGGGCGCCUCUAGGCAGGUAGAGCCCCGGGCGGGGUGGGGGGCACCGCGGUCCGGUGAGAGGAGUCAGCCUUUACUCUCCACCCUCACUGAACGGUGUGUGCUGCUCUUUGCUCAUAACCAAAAUGCAAUGACAACAGGUUCCGGGGCUCGUUUUAGGACUUCAGAAAUCAUUAUGUAAAUGCACUUAGAACGGGGGGCAUCACGCUGCUGGAGUUUAAUAGCAGCUUGUCAAGAGGAGAGACCCCCAUUACCACUUCCACACUGGUUUUAGAGGAAGAGGAAGGGAUUGCCCGAGAAGGCUUCUCUCUCAUGCCCUCGAGUUGGCAUUAACCGUGUUCACCCCUAGAACUGAAGAAAAUCAAAUGACAGCAGUCACAGAAGCCUCCAGAAACCCAUCAUUCUGCCUUUUUGUCAGUCUCUAAAGCAGGGACACGAAUUGCCCUUGAUCCCAACACUGGGGUCCGUGUGGCUGUGACAAGGGCUGCUCUUUGUGUUGUGACACAGGUAGCUCUCCACACUUUCUGUGGGAACCGCAGAACUGCGGUGGACACUUUCAGUUGUUGAGGCCUACUGUGUCUGCUGGCCCUGUGGUGGAGGGUAGGGCCCGGGACCAGAGGACGAGGGAUGCAUUUAAUUCUUCCCAGAGGUAGGGCCAAUUUGUCACCCUUUAAAUGGUCUUAUUUGCAUAUAAAUAAUAGCACCUUGGGGCCUCACUCCUGAAAGCAUCCAAAUAAAUGUCUGAUACAGUUAGAGGCCUGCAGUAAGGGAGAGCCCCCCCUUAGCACACACGGGCGUCCUUGCAGCGCGGGUGUCCUCACAGCGCGUUGUAAGCCCAAAGCCCGUGAUGCGGGCUGACUCUCUGGCUCUGCACCCUGUUCCCUCCAGUGCUGUAGACUCUCCAGGGGCAGUACGUCUCCUGCCUCCUGGCAGGAAGCCACUUCAGCCUUUGAGCCUUUGAUUGAGGCUGCAUAGCUCUGGAGAGCACUAGAGCUUGAUGCCUAGAGUCCCGUGGUCCAGUGUAGACUGUUGGGCAUAUUUUUUGUGGGGUUUUUAGAAAUGUUGGAGAACUGAGUAGAUGGGUGGUAAUACUGGGUCCAGGAAGCUCACAGUGAAAAGAGUAUGAACUUAACCUGCAAAAUAUUUCUCUGUUCUAUAAAUCUCUCUGACAUUUGGAUUAAUCAAGCAUAAUUAAAUGUAGUUAGAUUUUUGUCAGAUUGUAGUUCAAAAUAAUAUUCAUCAAUGGAGAGGGUAAUAUAUUCUGUAGAAAUUUUAUUAAGCACUUUAGUUAAGCAAACAGUAAGGAGAACAAAAUCAGUCUCAGGAAGGUUAAUUACUAAAAAAAUAGUAUAGUAGAUUAUGUAAAUCAUUUUAAUUUCGAAUAUCAUGGCUUGAGCUUUAAUUUACAUAGAGAGGUAUUUUGGAUUUGCUUUUCAUAUUUUCCAAAAGUACAGAAUUGCAAUUGCAUUCUUUAAAAGUUCUAAUCACUUUAGGUUUCCAUUAAGUUUGCUUCACUUUUUCGUGUUACGGUUUCCAAAAGAGAAGAAUUAGGACCACAUUCUUUAAAAUGCAGGUAAUUAUUUCAGUCUUCCACUGUUUGUUUCAGCCGUAAGGACUAUAUUUUUUAUUUCUGUACCUUUCAAGAAAUGAUCUUUUGAAGAGAAGUCUGAGGAGAGAAAAUGGUUGUGAAAGCAUCUUGCCAUGCCUGGCCUUUCAAUACUUAUUGAAAGAAAUUUUUUAGAAAAGAUAAAACAUAAAGUGCUUAGACUAUUAAGAUAAAUCUUUUUAUUUUAAUAAUUUCUUUAAAGGGAGAAGUAGAGAGACCAAAAUGAUUUUAUAUGUUAUAUAUUUUCUUUGUACUCUGAGAACUACAUUUUCACCACCUUUGCACAUCUCAGGGAAUAACCUUUUGAUAAGAAUCCCCACACAAAUCCCCAAAACUGUAUCACAGUGUAUUCUGAUUUGAUAGCUCUUGUCUGAAUUUCUAGAACUAGAUUUUCAAAAGUAUUGUCAUCUCAGGAACACAAGAUUACCUAAGAAACUUGAAGCUUACCCUUAACACUACUCAGAUUCUGUGUCCGUUAGGCCUUUUCAUAGUAAGUGACACCUAAAUGUCCUUAGUUUAGCAGGUAUACAAAGGCCUCUAUCAUACUUAAUCUGAGAUGUCCAUAGAAAAAAACCCUACAAUCUGAUUUUGUUAGCUAAGUUUGCUUCUUGGCUUUCCAGUUUUCUACUAGAUUCUGUUUUCUAUUGGAAUUGAAUCCUUUGGGGGAUAAUAAAAUUUGAUUUAGAAGAACAUUCCAUUAAAUACUUUUGACUUUUGCCCACCUAAAAGUGGCCUGCUAAUUGGAAUUCUGUGCAUGACUUCUGAAUGGGCCAGAAUAGCACAAAUGUCAAAGAGCAUAUACACCGUAAGCAGUGUGUUAGCAAAGUAAAGAAACAUCCAGCUCCAGCACUUAGGGCUUGUUUCCCAGCUCUUUGGUUCCUCUUUGCCUUCCAAACUGGUCAAAAUGGAAUGCAUAUUACUGACAGAACUACUUAAUGUUUUAAGCUAUUCUUAUCUUGAGAUUCUUUUUGAGAGAAAAGAAAAAGAAUCCUAACAUUCAGUUCUAACUCCAUUUUGGGUCUUCAUGUGUGCCAGACAUUAAGAAGACAAAAGUUCAAUCUGAUCAGAAGUCAAAGGCCUCUACCAUUUAGCCCUGCCAAACGUAGCGUAGCUGGAAGAGUUUGUGAAAACAGGUAGGAUGAGUGUAAGAUUUCAUAUUGUCGUUUGCAAUACAUCAUGGUACCCCUUUCUUCUAAAUUCCAUUUUAUUUUUGUCCUUUGAACUGUUACAACCAUGGGAAACCUCAAUCAGUACUUUAAAAGGCACUAUAUUAAGAACUGGCGUAUGCCUUUACCUCCAAAACUGCUGAGGUUACUCUCCGAUGUGUUUAAUUAGAACAAAUGCUUUAGAAUAAUUACAGCCAAAGCCUGUAACCGUGGGGAUCUGAGGGCACUGGAGACUGCCUGCCACUGAAGAGGGAUCAGGGCCGAAUCAGGGGCCUCACCACCCAGUGCCAUCCGGAAGCAGUUUGCCUGGGUGGCUGGCGUCACUGGGUGAAACGGAAAACACGAGGAGCCUUGCCAAGAUCAUGCAUCUGCUCCCUCUUACCUCGCCGCCUUUAUAACUCUUCCCGGGGAGAGCAUUGCAUAAAAUUAUUCCUCAGACUAGACCAACCUAAAUGUAUCUUGACUCUGGGUAGACAGCCAAGGCAAGCUUGACCUAGAAAAUAUAAAGUACUAUUUUAAAAAUGUAAGUUGGCUUCAGGGUUGGAGGAGUCGAGUCCUGGUGGCCCUCCUCCACUUCCAUCAUGCUCAUUGUUACAGCGAUCGCUCCCUUAGGCUGCACUGUGCUAGAACCGAACGCUACCCUCUGACCCAAACCGGGGCUUGCGCCUGAGCCCAUCCUGGACAACUUGAUGCACGUUUUCGCAGAAUGGAGCAUACCGCCUUGGAGCCUUCUGGCUAACCCCAAUCUCUGCCGAGUUCCUUAGUGUUAAAGUCAUUUGAGGUUGUAAUGGCUGCUUCAGGUAUAUAUACACACACCACACCAUCUGUUGCCAUAAGUUCACAGCCUCACGAAAGUACACAAGUGCUUGCAACUUAAAUAUUUUCUAGAUUUAGAACCCAAGUUGUGAAUACUUUAAAAAUGCUCAAACCAAAUAAGAGAAGUCCUUUCAGUAUCAAAUAUACCAUGGUGAACAUAGCUGAUGCUUCAUUGAAAUGUAAAAUUACUGGCUUGGCCUUUUUUUUUUUUUUUAAUCGUAACUCUUCUAACGCACAAAAGCAGUGUCUACACUGGGAACCAUAGCUGAUUUGACAAGAGAAGAAUAUUAACUUAUAUGAAAUAAAAGUUCAUUACGAUUUUUGUACCUGUAAGUCCAGAUCUGACCUGGUUCACUUUGCGCAUCUGUCACCUUAGUUACAGUGAUAAAUGCACGCGUGUAUCCAGUGUUCACGAGCUGCCUUGUGAUUCAUAGAGUGAAGUCCAGCCCCCUUGUGUUCUGUGCUGUUCCGUGGCCUGGCUGUACACACUGCCAUGAGUGAAGGAUGACUUUGGUUUGAGGUCAUUCGAAGCUUCACGUUCUGUGAAGAGAAGUGUUCUGUUGUGAUGGUUGGGAAAACAACCAGAGAAGUGUGUGGCUCAGAUCAUGUUCCCCAUGAGUUGCAGAGCCAUCUGUGGUGUGUGUCAUAGCCAAACUAGUCCUGGAGCACCUGGACAAUUCUGUACCAAUGUCAUCGAACAAUAAAACAGUAGUUGUGAUUCA